AUGACGACCCAACUGGACACGCCUACAUCACUCCCUCCUCUGGAAUCACUGCUGAAACAGAGUGCUAAACGAACGGCGUCGAUAUUUUAUGCUGAAAACGGAGAGGUAGAGGAGGAGAAGAGUGCUCGGGUAAGGCUAUCGGUCAAAACUCGUGACGAAUACUUGGAUGUUCAAACACUACCUUCUGCUCUGCUUGCGCGAGAAGGUCUUGUUGGUCCCGCUCGACCUGGUGCUGCUGGACCAAAGGCAAUAGCUGGUCCCCAACAAAAACUCAUUACAGCCGGACCCUCAAGCGACGGAGCCGCACCAUCCGUAUCCACCUCCGCCCCGGCCCCCUCAGCAGCGCUUACUACCUUCCGAGCUCAGCAAUCCCUCCACACCGGCUCCCAAUCAGCUCUCUCUGUUGCUCUCGCUCGCAAAAAGGCUGCCAAACAAGUACAACCAGACUACCAUGCCCCAUGGAAACUCGUACGCGUCAUUAGUGGACAUUUGGGAUGGGUGCGCAGUGUGGCUGUCGAGCCUGGGAACAAGUGGUUCGUCUCCGGUGCAGGUGAUCGAGUUAUCAAGGUAUGGGAUUUGGCGAGUGGCGAGUUGAAGUUAUCCUUGACCGGCCAUAUCUCCACGGUUCGUGGAUUGGCUGUUAGUCCGCGCCAUCCGUAUUUGUUCUCUGCUGGAGAGGACAAGAUGGUCAAGUGCUGGGAUUUGGAGACCAAUAAAGUUAUUCGACACUAUCAUGGUCAUUUGUCUGGUGUUUAUGCUUUGGACCUGCACCCUACACUUGACGUACUCGUUACCGCUGGUCGAGAUGCUUCUGCGAGGGUCUGGGACAUGCGUACCAAAGCUCAAAUCCAUGUACUCGCGGGGCACACCGGAACUGUCGCAGACGUCAGAUGCCAAGAAUCCGACCCCCAAGUAAUCACUGGUUCAAUGGACUCUACUGUCCGUCUCUGGGAUCUCGCGGCCGGAAAAACUAUGACCACUCUCACUCACCACAAAAAAUCGGUCCGAGCACUUGCCGUUCACCCAACCGAAUUUUCAUUCGCAUCUGGAAGUGCAGGAGGGAACAAUAUCAAAAAAUGGAAAUGCCCCGAGGGGAUGUUUGUACACAACUUUUCGGGACACGACGCGAUUAUCAAUACGCUCAGUGUGAACGCCGAGGGCGUAUUGUUUUCCGGAGGUGACAAUGGUACUAUCACGCUAUGGGACUACAAGACCGGUCUCCCCUUCCAGAACAUGGAAGAUAUUCCUCAACCUGGUUCGUUGGAUGCCGAAGCUGGUGUCUUUUGCUCCACAUUCGACCAAACGGGAACUCGUCUUAUUACAGGUGGAGCGGACAAGACUAUCAAGAUUUAUGCAGAACAGACGCACCGGUUAAUCUUAUGCUUGGUUGGAUGGCUAUUUAUUUCUGAAGUUAAGCCUGUUGAACCAACGGUACCGGCGUCUUCGCCUCAGGUGGUGAUAAACAUAUCAUCGUCGAAUGUACCAAGCGAGAUGGGGGUUUCAACACGUACCAUCACUGAUGGAGAAGCUGGGUUGAUUCUUGUAAUGGAUUACUCCGCGUCUAAAGAUGAAUCGGAGUCUAAUUAUCUUCAUAAUCAGAUGAACAGGGAGACUUUAUCCCACGAGCUAUUGACCAAGUUGGUGGAAACACAGGAGAGGCUCAGCCAUGAAACAAACUUGGAUGUCGAAGUCAUUGGAGCGGGAAUACUGGACAUGGUGGACAGGGUAAAGGAAUAUAUAGCGCUCGACACUGGAAACCAAAAAGAAGCUUCAUUUCUAUUGUCAAUAGCUGGCGACUUGACCGAUAUGAUUAACCCCGAGUUAGAUCAUCAAAAGGAGGCAUCAAUUAUGGACGCGAGCAUUUGGUGUCUGAAUAGAGCUCUGCAACUGGAUCCAAUAUCUCUUACGGACAGGAUCAUCCAGUUGUUAGCGACUUUAUUCGCGAAACAGCUGGGUGAAUACGAACGGCCAGAUCGCUUAGACUUUGUCGAUAUGGCCAUCGAGGGCCGUCAUUUUAAUACACACCCAGAAAACGUAGCACAAGGAGAGCUUGCUACCGACCUUGCGAUACUAGGAGCGAGUUAUCUUCAACGAUCUCAGGAACUCGCUAGACCCUCUGAAGCUGAACUUUCCAUCGUCUGUCACGCUUGGGCGGUACUACUUACACCUCGAGAGCACCCCGGCUUGGUUAAUCGAAUCAGUAAUCUGGGUGUAUCCCACUUUAGACGCUUUCAACAGUUUCAGCGACUUGAAUACAUUGACGAUAUCGACAAUAUGAUCAAAUGUUUUACUCGAACCAUUCCGUUGACCCCGGAAAACAAUCCAAACCUGCCGAGUCAACUUGCUAAUCUGGGCUCCGCCUACUACGCCAAAUUUCAACUCUUGGAAAAUAUGGCGGAUAUUGACGAGGCUAUCAAGUAUGAAGCUAAAGCGAUAGCACUCUCCUCUGAAAGCUAUCCAUACAUGCAUGAUUGGCUCUACAACCUAGCGCUAUCAUACGAUGCACGAUUUAGACGACUUGGAGAUAUGAAUGAUAUUGAAAAUGCGUUUAAAUGGCAUUCUAGCUCUGUUCGACUCAGUCCUAAUGGCCACCCGGACCUACCUAACCGAUUGGUGGCUCUGUGUACGGCACAUAGCAAUUGGGUUAACAACUGCGGGAACCCAACUGCACUCGAGGACGAGCUUGCCCAGUCCACUCAUGCCACAUCACUCAUCCCGGAGAAUCAUCCUUCUUUACCGAGCGUGCUAAGCAACUUAGGGAUAAUUCACCAAAACCGAUUCCAUAGAACUGGAAGUUUGGCUGAACUUGACAAGGCCAUUGAGCAUAUAGCACGCGCUGUAUUGCUGUCUUCUGAGGAUCAAGUACACCUUCCCGUAUUUCUCUCCAACCUUGGCACAUCUUAUAUCAAUCGGUUCAAUUGCACCGGGAAAUUGGAAGAUAUUGAUAACGCGGUAAAAAGCAGUACACGGGCUGUGCUACUAACUCCUGAAGGUCACUCGGAUUUGCCUUCAUGGAUGCUGAACCUCGCCAUAUCUCAUGACACUCGUUUCGGUCGUGUCGGAAACCCCGAAGAUCUUGAUUCUACUAUAGAAUAUCUUACUCGAGCAAUGUCAAUCGCUCCUAACAAUUAUCCUCACUUAUUAGAUUUAUUCAAUGCUUUGGGCGCCGCACUCCACCGUCGGUUCGCUCGCACUGGGAAUCUGGACGAUAUCAACAAUGCAAUCCACCAUCUCAAACAUGCUAUGGCAUAUACCCUGGAAACUCAUCCGAAUUUUCCUGGUAUUCUAUCGAAUCUAGGGGCAGCUUGCGAAACCCGAUUUGCAGCUUUAGAUAACCUUGAUGACAUCAAUGAUGGAAUUAUGUACCUUACCCAAGCAAUACCUCUACUUCCCGACAACCACCCAAACUUACGCAUUUUACAUUCAAAUAUUGGAGGGAUUUAUUCCAGUCGGUUCAAUCGCCUCGGAAAUUCUGACGAUAUAAACAACGCAGUCAAACACGGCAAUCUGGCCGUCUUACUUACUCCCAAAGGACACCCGGACUUGCCCACACAGUUGCAUCGACUUGGAGUAUCUUAUGAUAUUCGAUACCGAUAUCUAAAUGAUUUGGCAGAUCUUGAGAAUGCUACUAACCACCUCACUCAAGCUGUAGAAUUACUUCCCGAAAAAGAUGCGAGUGCUCCUCACUUGAUUAGUGGUCUGGGCCUUGUCUUUCACAAUCGGUUUCGCCGUUUUGGACAGCUUGCUGAUAUUGAUAAAGCAAUCAUGUAUUUGAGUCGUGCUUUAUUACUCAUUCCAGAAGGUGAUCCAAGUUUACCUAUUCAUCUCUCAAACCUAGGUGCAGCUUACGAUAGCCGAUUUGAAGUAACUGGCCACCUGAGCGACGUAGACAAUACAGUCACCCACCUCACCCGCGCCAUAUCGCUGACACCAGAAGGACAUCCAACUAUUGCGAUCUGGUUAUCUAAUCUUGGUGCCUCAUAUGAUAGUCGAUUUAAACGCCUUGGACAUAUAGACGACAUAAACCAUUCCGUCGCCCAUAACAUGCGCUCGGUUCAAUUGACUCCGGAAGGCCACCUUGAACUACCUGAGAGGUUAACAAACCUUGGAAUCUCGUAUAAUACUCGAUUCGAUCGACUCAAAGCCCUGGAUGACCUUGAAAACGCUAUCAAAUAUUUCACUCAAGCCAUAGCGCUCACUCCCGAAGGUCAUCCGCAAUUUCUCAAGCUAUUCUGCAACCUCGGGGUCUCUCAUUUCUAUCGUUUCAACCACGUAGGAGUAUCAGAAGACAUUGACAAAGCAAUCCAAUAUACUACGUGUGUUGUGUCUGUAGCUCCAGGAGACCAACCUCAACUACCUGGUUAUCUCUGUAACUUGGCGAUAUCACAUGAGAGCCGAUUUGAUCGUUUUGGACAAUUUACUGACCUCGAAAAAGCAAUCGAAUAUCUUAUUCGCUCGGUCUCGCUCACGCCUAUGAAUCACGCCGACAUUCCUCACUUCCGCAGUAACCUAGCGUAUAUGUAUCGCAAAAAAUUCGAGCUUCAAGGCGACUUGGAUUCUCUCAAUAGAUCACUAGAAUAUUACCGCGAGUCUGCUAGAUCUAUAGUAGCGCGGCCACACCCCAAAUUUAUUGCCGCUCGCACCUGGGCUACGUUGGCUAUCUCGCACUCGAUUGAAGAUUCAUUGGAAGGCUACCAGACUGCGAUGGAUCUUGUACCUGAGUUGGCCUGGAUUGGAACGACGAUAAACCAACGUUACGAUGACAUUGAACAAAUGAGCAAUUUUUCAGCUGAGGCGGCUGCAGCUGCGAUUGGUGCUGGAGAGUAUUCUCUUGCUCUUGAAUGGUUGGAGCAAGCCCGAUCCAUUGUAUGGAACCAGACCCUACAACUUCGAACUCCAGUCGAUGAGCUUCAUUCAAGCCACCCAGUACUUGCCGACCGUCUUCAGCGAUUGUCACAAGAGUUGUACAACGGGGAAUCAAAUUCUCGAACACCCCUGAGCACGACAGUGAAUGUUGUUAAUUUGGAGCAGGAAGCUCAGCAGCAUCGCCGCCGUGCUGAGGAGUACGAAAAAAUAAAGGCAACAAUUCGCCAGCUCCCUGGAUUUGAGAACUUUUUACUCCCCAAGAAGGCGUCACAGUAUGCAGCUGUAGUAAAGGAUGGCCCCGUAGUAAUCAUAAAUUGUCAUCAGCGGCGCUGCGACGCACUCGCCUUACUUCCUGGAAAAGUAGAUGUCAAGCAUAUUCCACUCCCAAAUUUUUCAUACGACAAGGCUAAAAAUGCUCAUAGUCAGAUUUUUCCCCGCGAUAAUCUGGCGCACAUAACAUGGUGUGCGACCGGAGUUGUUUCAUUUCUUCCGCUUCAUGCUGCCGGUAUUUACAGCCACGAUAAGAAGGGAACAAAAAUAUCUGAUUUUGCCAUCUCCUCAUAUACACCUACUCUCAAUGCUUUGCAAUCUUCUGCACACAUCUCUUAUAGUAAGGAUCCUAGUAUUGUUGCGAUAGGCCAAGAGGCUACUCCGGGGCAAAGCCUCUUGCCUGGCACAAAGAAGGAGCUAAUGAUUAUUGCACAACAUGCUCAUGGGAAUGCCAGAUACACUCAACUAGCCGGUGAGAAGGCUAUCACAGCGACUGUUCUCGAUGCAAUGGAGCAAAAUGAUUGGGUCCAUCUUGCUUGCCACGCACACCAAAGUAUUGGAGAUCCCAGCGAGAGUGGAUUCUUUCUCCAUGACGGCAUGCUCGAUCUCGCAACUAUCAGGAAGCGAUUGUUUCGAGGCAAGGGCUUAGCUUUUCUUUCCGCAUGUCAAACAGCAACAGGCGAUGAAAAUCUUCCCGAUGAAGCUAUACAUCUUGCAUCAGGCAUACUAAUGGCCGGAUAUCCGAGCGUGAUUGGUACAAUGUGGUCCGUAAUGGACAUCGACGCUCCGUUCAUAGCAGACAAAUUUUAUGGCCAAUUAUUCAAAGAUGCGGGUAUGGGUUAUCAAGAUGCGGGCAGAGCGUUACACGAUGCAGUGGCAAAUCUUCGGGAAAGCAUUGGGGAUAAAGAAUUUGGUCGUUGGGUCCCCUACAUACAUCUUGGCGUCUAA